UCUUUCAAUUUAGUAAUUAAGUACUAAUUUUGUAAGAAAAAAAAUUAGCUACUCCACAAAUGGCAGCAAAGUGAAGCAGGCUGACCUGGUUCAUUCCCGCGUCCCUUCUCCCAAAAAACAAUGGCAUUAAUCCAACUUUGAUUCUUUCCUCUUCAACAACUUCACCUCUCCUUCUCCAAAUUUUUCUAUUCUUUUCUUCCUUUAACUCACCCAAACGACUCAUUCAACUCCACUCCACCUAAUAUCAACCUUUUUUUCCCUUUCUCAAAAUCAUCACAUGACUCUCUGUUUCUUCAAUCAUCACCAUUAACCAUGUCUUUCUUCUAUUUCUCCUUCCUUCUUUCCCUUUUUAUCUUCCCUUCUGCUUCACAAUCCUUAAGAGGUGUUUUGAUUGAUUGUGGUGCUGUUGUUGAUUCUGUAGUUAAUGAGCAAAAUUGGGUGUCGGAUUAUGGUUAUGUAUCAGCAGGAAAACCCAAGAAUCUUACAGUUGAUGUUCUUGAUUAUACACUCUCAACUGUCCGUACAUUUCCAUUGAAGAACAAUGUUUUCAAGAAAUUCUGUUAUGAGGUUCCUGUUUAUCGUGGAGGGAAGUAUUUGGUCAGGACGACCUAUUUCUAUGGUGGGGUUAAUGGGAAUUUGAAUCCUCCUGUGUUUGAUCAGAUUGUUGAUGGGACUUUUUGGAGUCCAGUGAAUACAACUGAGGAUUAUUGGAAAGGAAUGUCUUCAUAUUAUGAAGGGAUUUUUAAGGCUGUAGGGAAGACUAUGAGUGUGUGUUUGGCUGCUAAUAGUUUAACGGAUUCUGACCCUUUUAUAUCUGCUUUGGAGCUUGUUUUGGUGUCGGAUUCGUUGUAUAAUUCUACAGAUUUUAAUAUUUAUGGAUUGACUUUGAUUACAAGGAGCAGUUUUGGGAACAAUGGAUCAAUUAUCAAAUAUCCUGAUGAUGAAUUUGAUCGUUACUGGGAGCCAUAUGGAGAACAUUCUCCUGCAGAAAGUUUCAGUCAUGUUUCUGUUUCUGGUAUCUGGAAUCACCCUCCGGCAAAAGUAUUUCGGACACGGUUAACUGUACCUAAGCCCGAAGCUAUGGAGUUAUUAUGGCCUCCAGCACCUCUCCCAAACGCAACGUAUUACAUAGCUCUUUACUUUGCUGAUGAUCAAAAUUCAUUCUCAGGAAGAGCUUUCAACAUAAGCAUAAAUGAUAUAGUGUUUUAUCCCAACCUUAAUGUUGCUCCAGCUGGCAUGGUUGUGUUUGCAAGUCAGUGGCCUCUGUCUGGUAUUACAAAGAUAACUCUAACUCCGGUGAUUGGAUCAAGUGUUGGUCCGUUGAUUAAUGCAGGAGAGGUUUUUGAAGUGUUGCCCCUCGGAGGAAAAACUCAUACUCGGGACGUGAUAGCUCUGGAAAAAUUGAAGGAGAGUUUCAAGAAUCCUCCCCCAGAUUGGAAUGGUGAUCCAUGUUUACCCCCUCAAUACCAAUGGACUGGAGUUACUUGUGCUGGAGGAUCACGAAUUCGUGUUACUUCUUUAAACCUUACAAGCAUGGGUCUUUCUGGAUCAAUUUCACCUAGCAUUGCUAGAUUGACAGCAUUGAAUCACAUAUGGCUUGCGGAUAAUAAUUUGACGGGAUCUAUCCCAGAUUUGAGCUCACUGAGUAUCCUGGAGACUCUACACUUGGAAGACAAUCAGCUUAGUGGAGAAAUUCCACCUUCUCUUGGAAACAUUAUGAGCCUUAAUGAAAUCUUCUUGCAGAACAAUAAUUUAUCUGGCCAGAUACCAAGCAGUCUUUUCGGAAAACCAACGCUGAAUCUCAGGACCACUCCUGGGAAUCCAUUGUUAUCACAGCCCCCUAAAUGAGGAGAUUGUCCUUGCUCCUAUGGACAUUGAGAAGUACAAAAUAUUCAGUUUUCGACAUUAGAUUUCAGUACCUCCAGUUCCUUUUUCUCAAUAUUUUUGAAUUUUUGGUGAAAAAGAAGAAUCUUCAACGCUUAUUAUUUUGGAACUCCGGAAUACACUCACCAAGACUAACUAUUCAAAAUGGUUUGCCAGCACAUUGUCUGCUCAAAUAGUUUAGUAAAAUGGAAUUUUGCUGUAAUUUUUUUGUGUGUCCAUAGCUGUAUGUACAGUCAUUCAAGUUCUCAGUUGUUCUUCUGUAUUUUUUCUCUCUGUAACUCAAAAGUUAUGUUUUUUAUUCAUAUAUACUCAAAACUCAAUUGUAUAAACAUGUUUAUUAUUGAAGUUAUGCAAGACUUUUGUGUUGAUUGUCGUAAA